CUUUCUCUAUUAUUACUACAGUAAGCAUUUGUUUAAUUAAGAUUGCAUAUUUCGUUCACAAGGAAAACAAUCUCAAAAUAUUAAAAUGUUUGACGUUGGACACAGAGGCGGUGGUGCUAGUAUUGUUCUAGCAACAUCAAAUGAUCGGAAGUACCCUCCUGAAAACAUGAUAGAUGGAUCUGAGGAGACAUUUUGGACAUCAACUGGGUUAUAUCCACAAGAAUUUAUCAUGGGAUUUGGACAUAUGAUGGAUAUUCAGAGAGUCAAUCUGUCCAGUUAUAACAUAAGACAUAUCCAGGUAGAGAAAUGCGACACGCAGGAUCCUACAUCAUUUGAACCACUAGUCGAGAAAGACCUACCACAAACAGAUGGACAGUUGCAGCAUGAAGAUAUAGAAGUAAGGACUCAAGCCACCUAUCUCAGAUUUAUCAUAGAUUCUGGUUAUGACCACUUUGUUGCUAUUCAUAAACUAAACAUUGCAGGAAAUGCUCUCCAUGGAUAGCGCAGAUUGACACUUAUACUACUUCAGAUAUGUUCAAAUACAAAUGUAUAUCUUAAUACCGAACGAAUAGAGAGUGUUCUUAAAAUAAUACAUUUUAGAAUAUCUUAAAUUGGAAGUUUUUUUUUUUUAUUUUGCAGAAAUAUAAAUGUUGGAGAUUUCAUCAGAAUUAAAGCUUUAUUUAACCUUUAGCCUGCUGGUGGCAAGUGAUUCUGCCUUUGCGACCAGUGCAGGCACAUAUCCUUGCAGGCUGAUCAUUGUCUGCUCUGUUCGCUAUUCAGUCAGUAAAUUUUCAGUGAACACCCCUUCGAAUAAUAAAUGGUAUUGCCCAAAUUGAAUGAUGGACCAGUCCAUUUUAGAAAUUUAGCAGGCUAAGGGUACGAAGUGUAUGUUUCAUCAGUCAUGAAGUAGACAUGUUGCUAAGUAUUAAAAUUUAGAUGUCGACAGUAAGCUUUGUAUGGGCAUGUGACUUAUGAAUUUGGGUUAGUGAUUUGAUGUAUCAUUUUGAAUUCACACAACAUUCCAUACUCAAGUUUUCAUUGAGAGUUGCAGGAAUUCAUGCAUAUAUGCAUUUUUAGCUCAUCUAAUUUUUCGAAAAAAAAAUGAUGAGUUAUUGUCAUCACUUGAUCGGCGCCUGUGUCCGCGUUGCCUGGUUAAGUUUUAUGUUUAGGUCAGCUUUUCUCCUAAACUAUCAAAGGUAUUGCUUUGAAACUUGCAACACUUGUUCACCAUCAAUAGCUGACCCUGUACAGCAAGAAACAUUAUUCCAUCCUGCUUUUUGCAAGAAUUAUGGGCCCUUUUGGACUUAGAAAAUAUUAGAUUUCUUGGUUAAGUUUUAUGUUUAGGUAAACUUUUCUCCUAAACUUUCAAAGCUAUUGCUUUGAAACUUGCAGCACUUGUUCUCCAUCAUAAGCUGACCAUGUCCAGCAAGAAACAAAACUCCAUCCUGCUUUUUGCAAGAAUUAUGGCCCCUUUUGGACUUAGAAAAUCAGAUUUCUUGGUUAAGUUUUGUGUUUAGGUCAGCUUCCAAUAUUUCUAUUAUACAGAGACAUAAAAUCAGAUGAGCGUCUGCACCCACAAGGCGUUGCUCUUGUUUCUCUGAGAGUUCAGGACAAACAUAGUUGUUGAAAUAAAAAUAUAAGAAUUAUCCUUAUUCUCUCUGUUCACUCUGUUAAUUAUUGUAUGUUUAGAUAUAUUGACAUUCCGUCCAAUUUAAAUAAAGUAUGUCAGUUUGUA